ACUUGAUUUUUGAGGCUAAAAUGGAGGCCAACAAGGAUGAGGCUUUACAGUGCUUAAAGAAAGCAAGGGAAGCUUUUAAAGCCGGGGAUAUGAACAAGGCAAGGAGAUUCGCGAAUAAGUCAAAGAAAAUGUUCGCUACAGAAGAAGCUGAUGAAUUAAUUCAAAAAAUCACAGACCAUUGUACAAAUAGUGAAGAUAAGCCUCAACCGAAUGCUAGUAGACCGAAUCCUCAACCAGAUACUACUGAAACACCAACAAAUGAUGAAGAGCCUAAAUACACUGAGGAUCAGAAAGAAGCUGUUAAUAAGAUAUUAAAGUGUAAGGAUUAUUACGACAUACUUGGAGUCUCACGAGACUGUACUGACUCGGAACUCAAGAAACAAUACAAGAAGUUAGCAUUGCAGUUUCAUCCAGACAAGAAUAACGCACCUAAAGCAGAUGAAGCUUUUAAAAAAAUCAGUAAAGCAUAUCAUGUACUAAGUGAUCCUGACAAGAAGAGCAAUUACGAUCGGUUUGGAGAGGAAGGUCCCAACCAUAGGAUCAAUCACGGCUUUCAUUUUACCGAUGACUUUGAGUUUGACCUCUUUAGACAGAUGUUUGGAGGUGACCCAUUUAAUACUCGUAACGUCUUCUUCUAUGGUGGUAACUUGUUUGACAUGAGAAGGCAACAUCAUCAUCAUCAUCAUCGCCCUCAUCGAUCUCAUCACUACUUUCAGACAGAUGCUACAGAACAACGUGGUUCCUCGUUUUUCCUCCUGCUCUUUGCUUUCCCUCUGCUAGUCUUUGUUAUGUCAUUUAUAUUCUCUUCUUCUCCUCCUUACUCCUUACAGCAAGCAGGUUCUUACUCUGUAAGGAAAGAAACAACAAAGCACAAAUUAAUUUAUUAUGUCCAAAAAUCUUUUAAUACUGAUUAUCCUAAGAAUCACCAGAAGAGGCAAAUUGAGAAGAUGGUAUUGCAAGAUUACAUUGAUCAUUACAGAGACCAAUGCUCACAGGACAUGUUUUGGCGAAAAGGUAAAAAGGAAGUUCCUAAGUCUUGUACAAGAUUUGAAGAGCUUUCUGGUAGAAAAAUCAGAUAUAGAUAGUUUUAUAUAUGAAUCAUUUUCUAUUUAAUUUUUUGUGUCGCGAUAAUUAUAUUUAAAAACUGAUAGCUACAAAACAAUUUACAAAA